CCAAGUAUGUCAUUCUGACUGCUUGCACAGACUGAUGUAAUGUUUAAACCAUUGAAACUCUUGCUGUAGAGACCUUAACGCCACUAUUUUAUGUGUAUCUCGCAAACAGAUAGCAAGUGGCGGUCCGGACUUUCACGCGGUAGGCGUGUCCUUAAAGUUUAACUUUCAGGCCAUUACAACUGCGAAGAUAUGAAGGACAGCGGGGAAAGGUCCUGCAGCACUUCAGAAUAAUGAACGCCAUGAUCGGGAUGACUGUCCUCCUAAACAGAGUCAACACCUGCUGGGACGCGUUAGUGUGUGUCGCCUUACUCAGCAGCAUCUCAUGUGUGGGCUCCAUUAAGGUGACCGCACCGGAAGGCCGCGUGACCGCAGUCCGAGGCCGCCCAGCUGUCUUGGGCUGUGAGUUCACCCCUCAGCCAGGCUCUGAUCUUGCCAACCUGGUCGUUACCUGGCAACGGCAGGAGGACAUCCGUGUGGUCCAUAGCUACUAUUACCUAGAGGACCAGUUGGAACGGCAGAGUGCGGAGUACCAUAAACGGACGUCACUUUUCCACACGGAGCUGAGUAAAGGAAACGCGUCGCUUAGGAUUGUGAAUGUGGGACCAAGAGAUGUGGGCCGAUACCAGUGCAUGGUGAGCACGUCCAGUGGCACAGACAAAGCAGAGAUUCAGCUGGACUAUGGAGUGUUCUACACCGAGCCCAGGUUGAGCAUCAGCUUCAGCGCCAAAAAGGUGUCGGUGCAGUACGAGGCCGAAGGUUUUCCCAAGCCGGAGGUCAGCUGGCUGGGAGAACAGGGCCAGAACCUCAGCCAUCACACGGAGCUCUUAGAGGGUGUGGACGGAGAAAUAGGACUCUAUCAUCUCAAGAGCAGCUAUGAGGCCCCCACCCCUGCACUGAAUAUUACUUUUGUCCUAAAGAACAAACUUCUCCAUCAGGACCUGCAGAGACCCGUCAGCUUCAGCUAUGCUGAUAAUUCCUCUAAUGGAGUGGUCAUUGCGCUUGCACUCAUUUGCGUUUUACUCUUCAUCAUUGUACUCAUUCUGGCUUGGUUGUAUUGGAAGAAGAGGAUAUGAACAGAUGACUCAUUCAGCUUCUAUGAGUCUGAUCAGAAAGAAGCACUAGGCUUUAUAAGUUGAUGGCACAGUGAAAAGCACAGUCUGGCAUGUCUGUAUUUGCCGUAGAAGAUCAGAGGUGAGGGGGUUUACUGUAGGACAUCUAAAACAGGCCCCAAAGACAGGAAGCACAUUCUCUAUUUUAAAGCACCAUAUCAGAAAGCAGUGCUUCCUCUGUAGCCCUAAAGAGAUAAAGUGGUCAUCAUGUGAUAAAGCAAUAUCUGGAUAGCAAUGAAUCCCCUCCUCCUUCAGCCAAAAUCACUGACAUGCACAUGAACACUGGAAAUAAUGCUAGUCGGUAAGCUAACUGAAACUGUAUGUAUGAAUCUAUGAUGCUCGACAAAAACACCACCGUUUGGAAUCGCUUGUCAUACAGUCUUAUGCAAAAGUUUGAAGACCUCCAUAAAUGAACAUUCUAUGUUGCAUAUGACUGUAGGAAGCUCAAAAAAUACACAACUAUUCAAAAGUGUGGAACCAUUUGCCAUAUUAACAAAUUAGUAAUUUUAUGUACAUUUAUAAUGUAUGUACAAUGUAUAUUUAAAUAUUAAACACUAAUUUAAAUAUUUAUCCACUUGGAAUAUUUUAGAUGUUUCAUUUGAAAUUGAAGGAAUACAAGAUGUGGACAAAAUGGUACAAAAUAAAUUUCUGUAAUUAUCAAGAGCCACUCGUCCAUUUAAGCAACAACUUAAGUACUGCUUAAAAAAAAAAAACAUAUAUAGAUGAAUCCAGUCAGUUGUGUAAUUUAUUUCUAGUUGUACAUUUGAAGAUUUUAAUUGGACAGCUGACCUCAUUUUUAACUGCUGCUAAACAAUGAUUAGCCAACUGACUGCUUGCAAAAUAAUGAUUUAGAUGACUCUCAACCAGAGUUGAGAUCAUCAGUCUCCGAGCGCUGCUUUCUCCUCAGGACAAACCUGCUGUGAGAAUGGCAGUGGCAGUACAUCAGUCAUUAGCAUUAGGCUAAUAGAGAUGAAAACAUGUUGCUGAGGUACAUUUCAUUCGUGCUAACCUGAUUAUCUGGUUCAGAAAUGUUUUCCUGAACCUAAAAAACUGUAGAGGCCUACACUUAGUUCAUUGUCGAUAGGACAAGCUCUAAGGUAAGCUGAACUGUAUUUGCUAACACUCAUUUUAAUGUGUCUCAUGAUAAAAUAACACUACAGAACGAUGUUAAGACCAUUAGCGAGUGUAGCAACUCUAACCAUGAAGGGAGGAAAGACGCCGGGGGCAGGGGUGAAGGCGGAGAGCUUCUUUUUAUUAAUUAUUGACACAACGCAAAACACGCGGCUAACAGCCCACAAAAGUAUUACAACAUGCUCGCUGGUCACUUUUCAGGGGCUUCAGUCCUCUGUCUCAGCUCAGCUCUGCUCUCACACCUUCGCUGGUCUCCUUCUCUCUCCGGGCUCUGCCCGCUACUGAGGGAAGAGAUGACAAUAAGUAGGCUGGCAGAAACAAGGCACAGGUGAACAACAUCAGCUACUUAGGCCCGCUGGUUCAGCCCGACCAGCUUCUCCGUCCCGCAUUCAACGCUCGGCCACGCCCCCUUCUCCACAGCGAGCUAACUAUAUUAGCUUUUAAUAUUAUAGCUGUUAAGUUAUCUAGAUAAAUGGACUUAAUCAGAUGAAACAGGGCUGCAUAAAAUGUGUGCAAAGAUAAAUACUUUUCAUAUACAGCUCCCUAGUGUCAUACAAAUUAUUGAAAAACCUCUGAAGUUGCACAGAACUACCAAAUUAGUAUCAUUCUAUAUACUUGUCCACAACCAAAUUGUAUGGCGCUCCAGACUAUUGUAUAUGCUCAACUAUAUGGCAAGUCUUGCAGAGCAAUAUGCAUCUGAAGUCACAAAUGUUGACAGCUUAUUUAUUAACACAUUAAAAAUAUUUGCAAGACAAACUAUUUCAGCUUUGCAAAUGAUACAUACAGGCUAAUCCACUUUAACCUUUUACAGAACUAACAAAUGUUCCUGUUGGUACAUUUUAAAUCAGUUUUAUCCUUCAUACAUUUUCUUUGCAUUUAGCUUCAUGGGGCUAGACAUGAUCUCAUAGUGAGAAAACACACUCUGGGACAACUAGGGUACACCCCCUCUAAAUCACGCCCCUCAAAAGAGAGUAACUAGUGAAAAAACAUAUCUUGGCUUAUUAAGGUUAGCCAGCUGUUUACAUCUAUGGGCUGUCUAUGGGCUAACAACAUGGCUUUUUGUCUGUCGGAUAAUGUUGAUGAGCUGUCGGAUAAUGUAAUUGAUUUAGAAAUUUUACAUUUGGUUUGUUCCUGAUGAACAUGUAUCAUAGUUGUCCAUAGAUAAACUCGUUAUGAGGUCAGAUGGCCCUGCAAGACCACUCUAUGCUCAGCCCUGUGGAAGCAAGAAAGAUUUUGGCAUUAAGUCUGUUCUGAGUCUGCCUUUGUUAUGGGUAUUGAUCUGAACCAGGCCUUAACUGUCUACCUCAGGAAUUAACCAAUGCUGCAUUUACAUAGUAUUUCAGUAGCUAUUAAUCUGACUGGUUGGAUUAGUUGUACCUAGUACGAGCAAUGUUUGUAGCGUUUGUCAGUGAUGAAAGAUGCAUUCUGUAUUUUGCAGAACUGAGAGCUGUAAUGAUGUGACUGAGCUUUUUCAUUUUUAACAUGUUUAACAUUUAUUAAUCCAGAUUUGGUAAUUGUAAUAAUAUGUGAGUAUUAUUUUGGAUUAUUUGUACUUCUACUCAAGCAUUAUUGAAACUACAGAGUAUAAAAUUACUGAAUUACAAUUCUAAGAGGAUAAACAAACUUUCUACUACUUAUUUUCAUUUAGAUCUUUUUAAUGUGUUGUCAUGCUAUAACAGUCUCAAUUUUCUGUCAUUUUUACUGUCAUAUUAUUGUUACUGAAUUGUUACUUUUUUGCAAAACAUUUUUAGCUGCUACUUCUUCAUAAAGUUCUUUAUAAAUAAAGCCUGCCAUCACUGUUACU